AUGGGUCUUCAAGACAUGGUAAUUUAUUUUCUUAAUAGAGGAGCAGAUGUUAACUCUGAAGCUGACAAUUUGCUCACGCCUUUGCAUCUAGCUUCCUACGCUGGUCAUACAGAAACUGUUCAAACAUUGAUUUCAAAAGGAGCGAACGUAAAUGCUAAGGAUUCAUUUGGCUGCCCACUUCAUUACGCUGCUAUAAAUGGGCACUCAUGUAUUGUUGAAGUUUUAUUGAUACAUGGUGCAGAUAUAAACGCUUUAGGCGAUCGACAAUGUUUGCCUUUGCAUUUAGCCAUUAAGAAAGGGCAUAUCAAUGUAUUAAAAACGCUAAUAAAAUACGGUUUAAGCAUUAAAGAUGUUGCAAAGAAUGAUGCUUCUUUAUUUGAGUAUGCCAUACCACAUAAGAAUUUAGAACUGAUUAAUAUUUUAAUUGAUAACAAAGCGCCCAUUAAUGCAAGGAAUAAUAAUGGUAACACUCCUCUUCAUCUAAGCGUACGAGAUGGUUCUACAGAUAUCGUAAGUCGGCUAAUCGAAUGUGGAGCUGAUAUUAAUGCUUCAAAUAAAAAUGGUUUAACACCUUUGAGUCUUGCCAUAAGACUAGGUUAUUUUGAGAUAGCUGAUAAACUAUUAUCGGCAUCGGCUGAUAUUCAUUCCGUUAAUAAUGAAGGGCAAACUUUACUGCAUAUCUGUGCUUUAAAUUCUGCAGAUUUGGUCUUACUGGAUGAAGGUUGCGAAUUAAAUGGUGUAGAAAGUAAUCAUAAUUUUAUUCAAUCAAGCAGGCUUGACAUUUUUAAAAAACUUUUAGUAAAAGGAUCAGAUUUUGAGGCUAGAGAUAUUUUUGGUAGAACAUCUUUACACGAAGCUUGCAAUUCAGGUUACAUUGAAAUCGUGCAAUAUUUAAUCGAUUUAAUGACCGACAUUGAUAUCCAAGACAAACAAGGAUUUACACCCUUACAUUACGCUGUUAGCAGUAAUCAUCUCGAAAUAGUUAAUAUACUGAUAGCGAGUGGGAAAUGUUCUUUAAAAUCUAAGACAUUAAAAAAUGAUACUGUGUUAUGCUUGUCGUCAAAAAAGAAUUAUGCUGAAUUAACACGAUUUUUAAUCAGUAAAGGAGCGGACGUAAAUGAUGGUGACCCACUCUAUAAAUCUCUAGUGCAAGGUAACCAGGAUAUAUGCAUAAUUCUUCUCCAAAAAAAGUCAACUGAUAUCGAGAAACAGUUUCGAGGUAAAAGUGAAACUUUACUUCAUCUCGCUACCCUCAAAGGCAUGGAACGAUUGGUGUCUUACGUUUUAGACAAAAAGAAGAAACUUUCUAAUUUAACUGACAUUAACGAUUCUUUGUCUUUGGCAAUUCACAGCGGUUUUGAUGAUAUUGUAUCAGUCUUAUUAACGCAUGGAGCGGAUGUGAACAUAGUCUUUGAAGAUCAUACUACACCUUUGCACAUAGCAACUGCACGAGGUCAUUCCAAAAUCAUAAAAAUAUUGUUAGACAGCGGAGCAGAUUUCAAUAAAGUGACUACAAAAUAUCCUAGACCCAUUGCAUGGGCUGUAUGGCAAGGUCAUUUGGACUCAGUAAAAAUAUUUUUCGAGAAUACAAAUGUAAACGUAAAUGAAAAAUUAGACGGCAAAUUCACUUUUUUACAUAUAGCUGCCAAAUAUGGUCACCUAGACAUCAUAAAAUUUCUUAUAAGCAAAAAUGCCAUUGUGAAUAUAGCUGAUAGUGAAGGCUCAAAACCCGUACACUUCGCAGUUCAAAGCGGAAAUUUGAUUGUUGUUAAAUACUUUAUUCAAAUCAAUGAAAAAAUUUUAACAGAACGUGGCUUUCAAAAUAGGACAUCACUUCACUAUGCAGUUGAAACAGGCCAAGCAGAAAUGGUUAAAUUUUUAAUAGAAAACGGACUAAAUGUCAAUGAAUCUAGUGAUUAUGGAAGAAGACCAAUUCAUUUAGCCGCAAAAUUUGGUUUUGAUGAUGUACUCAAAGUACUUCUUGACAACGGUGCGCAAUACGACUGCGUUGAUGACAUUUUUCAUAAUACACCAUUGCUUCUAACUGUUAAUGAAGGUAUUAAGAAAAUGUUACAAAUGAUUAAGGAGCUCUUUCUCGCCGUAAAAUGCAACAAUAUUUCAAAUUUAAAAUCACUUAUUGAAAAAGGAGCUUGCAUCAAUGCAAAGGAUUUAAAAGAUGCGACACUUUUGCACUACGCGGCCUGGAAAGGUUAUGCUAACAUUAUUCAAAUUUUAUUAGAAAAUGGUGGAGAACCAAAUGCUCGAGGGAAAAACGACGCCACACCACUUCAUUAUGCGUCAAAGUAUGGCAAACUUGAAGCAGCUAAAACUCUACUAGAAAACGGUGCUAUAUACAAUGUAAUGACAGCAGACAGGAAAACUCCUCUUGGUCUAGCCUCAAGCAAUGACGUUGUUGAUCUAUUAAAAUUGAUAGAUCACGCUUUUAAAUGUGUUCUGAAUUGCAAUAUUCAGAUUUUAAGUAAGCUAGAAAAUUUCAAAAACUCUUAUUCAUUAAAAUCCGUAGCGGGUGCAAAAAACAGGGAAGGGAAAACUCUAAUAACUUGUGCUAUGCUCAAUGAUUUUCCCAAAUUAGGCGAUCUAAAGAAUAUAUUUUUCAAAAACUGUCAAACAUCAAUAGAUGAAUGUAUCAAGUUAAUCCUUAAGGAAAACUAUGAUGAAGCUUUGAGAAAUUUAAAUGAUUUUCAGAAGAAAACAGCUCAAAAUAUUGGUUUAGAUAAUCCAAUUUCAUUGGAAUCUGAUGAAAUAUCAGCAUUUAUAAUGUAUAAGCAACAAAAGUAUAAACAAGCACUUGAUAUUUUUGAGAAAAUAUUCGAAAAAAAGAAAGAGAUUUUUGGCCUCAGCGACGGUCGUACCUUGAAUACACAAUUUACUAUUGCAACAAUCUUCCACAAAUUAGGUAGAUUUUCAGAAUCAUUAAAGAUUUGUGAAGAAGUUUACACGCAACAAAACAAAAUUUUUGGGUUAGAUCACGUUCCUACUUUGAUUACAUUAUGCCAUAUGACGGAAGUAUUAUGUGCACUAGAGCGGCCAGAAGAUGCACUGAAAAAAAACAAUAUUGCACUUAAAAAGUUUAUUCAAAUGUUUGGGCCAUUCACUGAUCUGACAGUAUUAGCUCAAAAUUGUCUUGGCCAUAUUUUAACUGACCUGGGAAGAUACGACGAAGCGCUGACAUGCUAUGAAUGUGUUUAUGAGUACAAUAACAAAGUAUUAAAUUCAUCUCAUUCGGAAACUCUGUUGGCCCUUUUUAAAACGAAGCGCGUAUUAUGCCUUCGAAAUUUAACUGAUAAAUCUCUUAAAGAAUUACGAGAUGUUUUGGAAAUUCAGAAAAAAAUUUUGGGUUCAGAGCACAUAUAUACUGUAUAUGCGGAAAUGACAGUUGGAGAAUUGCUGUUCAAGAGCGGUAAAUACGAAGAGGGUAUCAAAAUUUAUAAAGACAGUGUUGAGAAACAAAAAGCUAUUUUGGGAGAUGAUCAUUCAGCAGCAUUCAAAUUGGACCUGCGGGGAGAAAAAAUGAAAAAUUUCAUGGAUUUAGAGAAUUCGUCGGAUUCGGGAGGCUUACACGAAACUAAGCAAUUUCCUGCAUCACACGAGAUGCUUUUUAAUGAACUGUUCAACUUCGUAACUAUUGAUUCCGAAGAGAGAACCAUUCUUCAUUUUGCUGCGAGUGAAGGUCAUUUGCAUUUAGUAAAGGAUGCAUUAAAGAAAGGAUGUAAUCUUAUGCAGACAACCCAAAAAGGAAAUACAGCUUUGCACAUUGCGUCAUCCAAAGGUCACGCUGAAAUUGCCGAAAAACUUCUAAUGCAUGCAAAAGAAAAUAGCUUCGAUGAAUUGAAUACAUUUGUAAAUGCAAGAACAAGGAAUGGUGGUAAUUCUGCAUUGCACGCCGCGGCAAGCAUUGAAAUUGUCAAGAUUUGCCUAAAGUACGGUGCCAUCUAUAACAUACGAAAUAAGGAUGGAAAAACGCCGAAAGAUUACACUACAGUAAAAGAAAUUUCUGAUUUUUUACAACAUGUCGAAGAACUUUUCAUUGGUGCUUCGAUUGGAGACAGCAAGUUAAUAUCCAAAUUAAAGAAUCUGCAAUCCGAAGAAAAAUUAGCAGUUUCAAAUGCGAGAAAUGAACAGAACCAUACAUUAUUCCAAGUUGCUGUGAAUAAAGGACACGAAAAUAUUAUUGAAUGGAUUAAGCUUAAUGUUUAAGACUGAAAUAAGAGGAACAUAAGAAAUUGUUUUGAAAACUACUCAGGAAAUUGAGUUACAUAAGAUUUUAGUCUUGGUUUUAUUUUUUGGUUCGUUAACCAUGUAUUAUAGAAAAAAAUGGAUCAUUCUUAUAAUUUUAGAGCUAUUGACCUGAUUUUCAUCCUUUAAAGUGACAGGACUUAAAUUAUGUAUCACAAUAACAUCCUUAUUUUAACUAAAAAACAUAAUUUUUAGGAAAUAAGGUACCUUUUUCAAAAUAAUUCGAAUACAGAAAUACUAAUUCCAUAAGCAAAAAACUUUAUUGUUAUUUAACAACUAUGUUUUUUUGCAUCGUAUGUUGUAUCUUAUGUUAAUCUAUGUUGCUUGUUGUACUACUGUGUGUAUGUUUUGUGGGCAGUUAAAGUAUCGGAGGAAACAACUAUAUGACAAAAAUAUUUUAUUAAAAUGCUAUUUAGUUUUAUUUCUCCUGUGAAUUUUGUAAAAAUAUAAGAGUACAAAAUUGUAAAUGCAUUAUAUGAUUAUAACACAGAGGAAGAAGUUUUUUGUUGCAUUUAUACAAAAAUCUAAUCUUGUCUAAUUUGGUUGUGAGGAUUUCAAAGAAGAAAUCAGUUUUUUUUCAUUAAGCUACAGAUUUUUAUAAAUGUCAUUUUUAGUUUAUUUUUGGUCAAAACGUAAGUUUAAAAUCGUUAUUUAUUACGUGGGGGUUGCGUUAUUCGAUAAUUUUCAGAAUGAGUCACGGAACAUAGUAAGUACUAAAAUAGCUUAAUCCCUGCCCAAAAUCUCAUUGUGACGCUUCCCUCGGGGAGCUUCCAUUGUAUAACCAGUUAAGAAGCAUACAAAGAAACAGUACAUAAUAGGGAAGCACCCCUAGCGGCGAAUAGCUACAUUCUCAGCCAUAGUUUCUUAUGCGAUUUUAAUCCUGAUGAUAUGCCCUCACUCACCAAGAAGUUAGUUAGCAUUAGCGUAUCUUCUUAUUACAUGAAACAUUUUUAAUUUGUAUAUUUCGGCGAAAAUUGAAUUAAAAAUGUUAUUUAAAAAAAUAUAGCUUGGAUUGAAAAACAAAGAUCAGUUCUAAAAUCAGCGAAGCGCAAAUAUCCCUAAUUUGUUAAAAGAUAUCAUGCAACAGGAAACAAAAAAAAAUUAUUCUUCUGUCUAAUUUGUGACAAAAUAAUUUUGUUAAGAUAUAAAAAUGAAAAAAUAUCUUUCUUAUGAACGAUAAGUAUUUUAUUAAGGUUAAUGUUUAUAUGAACGUAUAAAUGUUUGUUUGAGAAUUCUUUCUUGAAUUACAAUGAUUAGACGUUCACUAAAUGAAAUGAUACAAAAUAAUUUUAAUUUAUACAUUUUUUUUAAAUUUACAUAUUUUUUUUAAAUUUAUAUAUUUAUGAAAUUAUGAACGGAUGUAUCGUGGGUAUAGUACUGAAAACUGUCAGCAAAAAACAUCGUGUGCAAAAUUCUGAAUGUUAAUUUAUAAUUAACUAUUAAGCUAUCAAAUUUUAAUUUUCGAAAGAGAAGAAAUAACAGAGGAACAUUGUUUGUUCCGUUAUUUCGUUUAUGGUUACUGAAAAUUAGUAUAAUCAUUGUACUAGUUUAGAAGCAAAAGGAAAAUAUAGAUAAAAUUAGGAAUUUGGGUGAGGGGGUACCUGUAAAGUAUUUUAUUACAGGUCUUCAUUGUUCAGUCUUUUGCUUUUAUCAUACAGUACCACAAAAAGACUUUUUAAUACCAGUUCAGAUGGCACAAGAAAAAGAGGCAGGCUGAAUUUUAGAUGGAUAGAUUGCCUAGAGACAUACCUCUUGGUCUUAAAAACUAAAAAGUGUAAAGCGCAAGUAGGAAAAAGGUUAGACAGAAAAAAAAAACUUUAUGAGAAGGUCAAGGCCCCCACUGGGCUGUCGAGCCAUUGAUGAUGAUAAAAACGUAACCGAAUAUUUCCUUUCCCUUUUCUAAUUUUAGGCUCAACAAUUUAUAAUACAUUUGUAAUUUUUUUAAAGUAUUGUAAAACAUAAUGCUUGAGAUUUCCAACUAAAUUUUAGAAGUUUAUUAAGAUAAAUUUUAUUCUCAUAAAUUUUAAAAAUCUCGUGAGAGACCUUUAAAAUUUGAGGCUGAAGCUCUAUAUCAGGGAAGGAAUUUUUCAAAUACCAUUUGAGUGGUCGGUAAAAAGUGCAUACUGCUAUAAUGGUGGAGAGUGUUUUUUAUCAUCAUUAUUAAACCGUAUAGGGUGAAAUCAUUAAUUAAACGGUUUUUCUCACGGUAAACAGUUUGAUUAUCAUAUUAUUUAUGGUUAUUCAACUGUUUUUGUCUAAAUAUGGUAAAAUAACAAUGAAAUAAAUUAUUAUUUAACCAAAAAAAUUUUUCUGAGAAAUUUCUAUCAGUGUAUAAAAUGAUUCAGCAUAUUUAUCUAGCUGUGAGUCCUACCUAUGAGUGAUUUAUAAAAAUAAACUGUUUAAUUAAAUAGAAGUUUUCUAAAUAACCAUUUUUCCCGAGAAAUUUCUAUUAGUGUAUAAAAUGAUUCAGCAUAUUUAUCUAGCUGUGAAUCCUACCUAUGUGUGAUUUAUAAAAACAAACUGUUUAAUUAAAUAGAAGCUUUCUAAAUGACCAUUUUUCCCGAGAAAUUUCUGUUAGUGUAUAAAAUGAUUCAGCAUAUUUAUCUAACUGUGAAUCCUACCUAUGCGUGAUUUAUAAAAAUAAACUGCUUAAUUGAAAGAUUGUUUUCUAACCAAUAAUUUUUUCCAAGAAAUUUCUAUCAGUGUAUAAAAUGAUUCAGCAUAUUUAUCUAACUGUGAGUCCUACCUAUGUGUGAUUUAUAAAAAUAAACUGUUUAAUUAAAUAGAUGUUUUCCAAACAACCAUUUUUUCCGAGAAAUUUCUAUCAGUGUAUAAAAUAAUUCAGCAUAUUUAUCUAGCUGUGAGUCCUACCUAUGCGUGAUCUAUUAAAACAAACUGUUUAAUAAAUAGAUGUUUUCUAAACAACCAUUUUCCCGAGAAAUUUCUAUCAGUGUAUAAAAGGAUUCAGCAUAUUUAUCUAGCUGUGAGUCCUACCUAUGUGUGAUUUAUAAAACCAAACUGUUUAAUUAAAUAGAUGUUUUCUAAACAACCAUUUUUUCCGAGAAAUUUCUAUCAGUGUAUAAAAUGAUUCAGCAUAUUUAUCUAGCUGUGAGUCCUACAUAUGCGUGAUCUAUUAAAACAAACUGUUUAAUAAAUAGAUGUUUUCUAAACAACCAUUUUCCCGAGAAAUUUCUAUUAGUGUAUAAAAUGAUUCAGCAUAUUUAUCUAACUGUGAGUCCUACCUAUGUGUGAUCUAUUAAAGCAAACUGUUUAAUAAAUAGAUGUUUUCUAAACAACCA